UUUCUACAUUCAUUAUGUCAGGAAAUGCCGUUGAAUAUCGUUGUAUAGGUUCCUGCCACUUUCCUGUACUGGAUUCUUUUUGUGCUAAUGCGAAUGAAUUCGGACUGAAUGCCUAUCAAAUUUUUUUGAAACAUUUUCCACUCCAGUAUCAGGAUGUUAUGGUAGUGGGUGAACCUUCAAUGAUGGGUGGUGAAUAUGGCGAAGAGGAUGAAAGAACUAUUUCUAGAGUGGAAAAUACGCAAUUCGAUCCCAGUGCUAUGCAGAACUCAUUACCUAGUAUGAACCAUCAGAUGCCCGCUACAAUGUCUGCAAUUGGAGGACCCCCACCCCCUCAAACCUACAUGCCUGAUUUUGAAUUGACGUCGAUAGGCGGAUGGGGUGUGAAUACAGGAAAUCAAGCUCCCUCGUCUGCUGCACCACCAACAGCAUGUGGUACACCUCUUGGAGUUAAUACUCCAAUUACUGCUUGUGAUCCUCAACAAACGUGA